GUGUAAACCUCACGGGCUUUCAUUUUACUUUGCGACAAUGUCACUGCUUACCAAAGUUUUAUUUUACCCUACACUUGGCUAUAAUAUAUUAAUGACUUACAUCUCAAGCAGAAGAUGGUUUGAUCGAAUCGAUGAAACAGUCAUUCUUGGUGCACUUCCACUUAAAAGUUGGAACAAGAUCUUGGUAGAAGAAGAAAAAGUUCGUGCUAUUGUCUCCCUCACAGAAGACAUUGAAACAGAGGGACUCACAAAUUCAGUUGAGGAGUGGAAAGCUAUGGGAGUUGAAGUACUUAAACUGCCUACGCCAGAUUUUGUGGCCUCGCCGUCACAGGAAUACAUAAACAAGGGAGUUUCAUUUAUUCUGAAGCACAGACAAAAACGAAAUAGUGUAUACGUUCAUUGCAAAGCAGGAAGAACCCGAAGCACAACAAUCGUGGCUUGUUACCUUAUGAAGGUGAAUAAGUGGAAGCCUCAAGAAGCAGUGGAGUUUAUACAGUCCAAAAGGCCCCACAUCUGGCUUCGAGAAACACAGAUGGACUCUAUUAACAUUUACUAUGACAACCUAAAAAAUAGCAGAAUUUCCGGAGCAUAACCAAUUUUCAUGCCCACAUAAGAUUAUUAUUCAUCAUUCUUUGUAUUCAACUGCCAGGAUUUUGCUAAGAUGGACAAAAAGAGUGAUUUUUUUCCCGCCAGAUUUGCAUGUUUUAUUGCAUGUGUUGGCGUUACAGACGACAUCCGGUAAUACCCACCCAAAGUGUGACGCUACUUUGUUCGUGAAAAUAAGCUUAAGUGAUGAUAAAAAUGGAUUUGAUGCAUUUUAUGAACUUCAGUUUGAGUAUCUUUGUCUAUUUCUUUAAACAUUUAGAGUCGUUUUUUCUUCUUCAAAAUUUACGUAAUGCGAGUGAAGAUACCAUGAAUUUCUCUGUGUUGAAGCUUCAGCAAUCUGUAGGAAACACGAUGAUAUUUUCAGAACUCAAACAAGAAGUCUUU